UUUCCUCUAUGUAGCCCUGGCUGUCCUGGAAAUAGAUCUGUGGACCAGGCUGGCCUUGAACUUAGAGAUCUGCCUGCCUCUGCCUCCUGAGCGCUGGGAUCAAAGGUGUACACCACCGCCAGCCCAGCUCUGUCACUCUAUCGUCAUCCCUCUAUACUCACACGGCACUUGCUCUAAGAACCCCUCAGUUUGCUCCAUUACCACUGGUUUUAAGCAUGGCACUGCAUGGUAAUUGUUUUACUGUAACUGGGGUGUAUUCAGCUCCCCGAGUCUAAGUGACCAUCAGUUUGGGAACAUUUCCUUCAUGAUUCCUUCACACAUACUUUCUGACUCCCAUCUCUUUCGGGGACCUUAAUCACAAGCAUACUGGACUGGUCAGGUUGUGGGUACUGGUGGUUCAUUUCUUCACGGUCCUUUCUGUGUUGGAGAGUUUAUAUCACUUCUGUAUUCACUAGGAUUUUCUUCCGUGAUGCUUACUCUGCUCUUGAGUCCAUUCAGUAUAAUUUACCCUGGCCCCUGUUUUUAACUUCUUUUUUCUUCAGUGGAAGCUAUAGUCCUCAGUGAAUGUUCCCACUGUUUUCUGGACACUGAGUAGUUUCGUUUUUCACAUAAGACAAUUCCUCCUGGCAAUUUAACUGGUAGGUGAGAUGCUUCUGGAUAGGUGUCAUAGCAAAUUUGCAAUGACGUGUAUUAUAAUACUGGCUUCUACUCAUUUCAGAUCUAUUUGUCUUGUCUUCUCAUUCCCACAUCAGAUUCCCCAAGGUCAAGAACCUGCCAUAUCUUAUUUAUCUAUGUGCUUCCCACCGCAGACAACACAUGUGUACUUUUAACUAUUACACAACCAGUGAAAACCCCCCUUGGUGGGAUUAUCGAACAAUGCCCAUAGGUUAGAGUUCAUGUUAAGUAUCAGGGCCACACACUCAAAGGCCACCAGCAACAGCAGGGCUUACUCACACACUAACUGCACUGGCAGGGUAGGAAAGCUGCCACUACCAGCCUGGUUGUUGUCUGAGAAGUUUUCUCUCUUUAUCCACUAGACUGGUUAGUGUCUCUUUAGGGAAAUAUAUGUUUGUUUGUUUUUUUCAGAGCUGGGGACCGAACCCAGGGCCUUGCGCUUGCUAGGCAAGCGCUCUACCACUGAGCUAAAUCCUCAGCCCCGGAAGUAUAUGUUUUAAAGGAACAUAGAUACAUUAAACCUCCAGAACCCAAUGAGUAAAGGCACAUGCCACCAAGCCCAAAGACAUUAGUUUGAUCCCAUAUGAUGGAAGUUGAGGACACAGAGAACUAUUUCUUCCUGGUGUCCUCUGACCCCUGCCAUGCAUCCUCCUAAAGGUAAAUACAUUCUUCAGUCUUUCAUGUGAUUUCAUUUUCUCCCUUUAGCUGUAAUAAUAUGAUAUCCAAAUUUUGUCUUAACUGGAGGGUCUGAAACACGGGUCUAUCCAUUCCACUUACAGGCAAGGCAAAUGCUGUUGCUUGAAGUGGUCCCGCCAUGGAUCCUCUGGUCAUCCAACACAAGUCCCCCCCCCCCCUCUCUCUCUCACACACACACACACACACACACACACACACACACACACACACACACCUUGUCUGCCUUUAUCUUCACUGUAUUGUGUGUGGGGCCACUUCACUGACUUUCAUCCCCGGCUUUAACUUUUCCAUGACCACCAUGAUUUUCCCAUGAUUUUUCACAUAGGAUGUGUCUGACAUUUGCUGAGUUGUCACCACUGACACUGUUGUUCCCAGAGGCUGCACCUCCUUUCCCUCCUUUUCCAGAACCACUUUUCCCCUUCAGUGGCAUUUCUUAAGUUUGUGGUUGAGGGCUGGAGAGAUGGCUCAGUAGUUAAGAGCACUGACUGCUCUUCCAGAGGUCCUAAGUUCAAAUCCCAGCAACCACAUGGUGGCUCACAACCAUCUGUAAUGGGAUCUGGUGCCCUCUUCUGGUGUGUCUGAAGACAGCUACAGUGUACUCCUAUAUAAUAAUAAAUAAAUCUUUGGGGCUGGGGAUUUAGCUCAGUGGUAGAGCGCUUACCUAGGAAGCGCAAGGCCCUGGGUUUGGUCCCCAGCUCCGAAAAAAAGAACCAAAAAAAAAAAAAAUAAAUCUUUAAAAAAAAAAGUUUGUGGUUGAACUCUCCAAGAUAUGUACAUUUUAAAAACAAAACCUUUGUGAGCCACAGUGCUCCUCUGUAAUAGGAACACUGACCCUAUAUGUAAAAGUAUAUUUAAACAGAAACAUCACACCAUUUUAUUCUUCUUUUUCUACCAAUGGAAUGUUAUUUAAUUCUAUUCUGUAGAAAUAAGAUGUUCAAAUUACUCCAAUCUGCUUUCGUACCUAGUGGCAUCCAGAACAACAGAAAAAAAAAAUGCACUGAGAUUGUAGUCGUUCUGCCAGAUAUGUCCCCAUCCAAUAAUAAACAUAUCUGCAGAUCUGUUCCUGGUGUUGAGGAUGCUGCUGAAGGGAGAGCACUGAGUACCCCGUGUAGCAACUGUUUAAAUCACGAGUGUGACCUGAGGGGAACCAUGGUUCGUGCAGCAGUUCACUGUUGAGCACAUCACAAGUCCCAGGUAUUUCCCUAGGCACCGAGGAACAGGUCCGAACAAAACAAAUUAGAGUGGGGAUGUAGCUCGGCGCUGUUGCUGAGCAUGCCCAGUCUCCAGCACCACAUGAACAAUAGCUCCUAUGGAGCUAUCUGAGGUGUGGGAGGAGUGGGGUUGCUCUGAGUGGGCCUAACAGAGGAGGGGAAGUAUGCCAGGAAACAGGGCAAAGGGACAGAGAGACGGGGCAGUCUGUGGUAAAGCCGUUGCAUGUUACUUGGAAAUACGGAGUUAUAAGAAGGCUUAAGGAGAGGAGAGACAUUGAGGCAGUAGCUAUUGUCAACUUCAGUUCUGGCAAAGGAGAUGGAAGUUGAACACGUUGGUGCUAGACUAAAUGACGUUAUGUUCUUUAUGGACAGCGACAGAAAUCUGAAGAUCUUGGGCAGAGGACCACUGUCCACCAAUCUUAAAGGAUGCCACUUUCUAAUACAUUGUCCCACCCACUACUCCAUCGAAAUAAAAGAGGGCCAUGUGAUGGAGGUCCCAAAGAACCUUAUGGAGUCUGAAGUGUGUGUGCGCGAGGAUUGGGGGUUGUGCAUGGAUCAGUUGCACACUGGCCAGUCUUGUGUGGGACUUGGCGGUUCAAAACUAAAAACGGUAGUUGGAAGAAGUAAUGAAGAGGGAUGGCUGUUUAGCAUGGGCCAGAAAUCCGAAGCCGAAGGAGGAAGACGAAAGAACCUGUUGGGAUGGCGCCGAGAUGCGGAGUGACGAACCUGGUGACGCGGAGGGUCGUCUGUGAAGGCGCCGGAGCCGAGGCUCGCGAUUGGGCGAGGGGAAGUUGCCUGUGUCGGUUGUCAAGGUAGCAGUUCGGAGGGACGCCAAGGCCUCCUCCAGGCCACCGCGCAUCCCUUGCUGAGCCCUUGCUGAGCCCUUGCUGACGUGUCGCUAGCUGCAGCCCGCCUCCUGGGCGCCUCCCCCGGCACCGCCCGCUCCUGCCCCGCCCCCGGCACCGCCCGCCGGCGGCCUCCGCGUCACCGGCGCCCGCGGUGGCCACAACAUGGCUGCGGCGCCGGGGCUGCUAUUCUGGCUGUUCCUGCUCGGGGCGCUCUGGUGGGUCCCGGGCCAGCCGGACCUCAGCCCCGGACGGCGUUUCUCGGACCUCAAAGUGUGCGGGGACGCAGAGUGCAGCAUGUUAAUGUACCGUGGUAAAGCUCUUGAAGACUUCACGGGCCCAGAUUGUCGUUUUGUGAAUUUUAAGAAAGGUGACGAUGUAUAUGUCUACUACAAACUGGCAGGGGGAUCCCCUGAAGUUUGGGCUGGAAGUGUCAGACAGAGUUUUGGAUAUUUUCCAAAAGAUCUGAUCAAAGUCCUUCAUAAAUACACAGAGGAAGAGCUGCGCGUCCCGGCAGACGAGACAGAUUUUGUCUGCUUUGAAGGAGGAAGAGACGAUUUUAACAGUUAUAAUAUAGAAGAGCUUUUAGGAUUUUUGGAACUGGAGGACUCUGUACCUGAAAAGUUGGAGAAAGCUGCAGAAGUUUCUCAGCACAGAGAGAAAUCUCCUGAAGGGUCUCGGGAGCAUGAACUUGACCUUGCAUCUGAGCCCGAGGUGGUCAGAGUUGAUUCAGAGGAUGGAGAAGGUGCUUUCUCAGAGAGCACUGAGGAACUGCAGGGACAGCCCUCAGCUCAGGAGAGCCACCCCCAUCCCGACACUGCAGCGGCUAAUGCUCAGGGAGUGCAGUCUUCAUUGGACACUUUUGAAGAUAAAUUAAAAGUGCCAGGAACUGAAAACAGAACUGGCAAUAGUUCCCCUGCCUCAGUGGAGCAGGAGAAGACAGAUGCUUACCAAGUCCUGAGAACAGAAAUGAGUAUUGACCUGAAAACCAAGUUUGGCUCAACUGCUGAUGCCCUUGUGUCUGAUGAUGAGGCAACCAGACUGGUCACUUCAUUGGAGGACGGCUUCGAUGAAGAACUGGACGCUGAGUAUUAUCUAAUGGAUGAUGAAGAGGAGCACACAGACAGCUCUGACGAGCUACCAUUACUCACUUUUGUGGACAACGAUGAGAAAGCCCCUGGCGAGCCCACAAUGGAGAAAUAUUUAACAGAUAAAGAUCCGAACUUGAAUGAGGAGGAUAAAGUUGAACCCUCUCUGGCUCCUGGCAUCAGAAAUGACAAUAAAGAUGUAUUGACCACCUGGGGGGAUACUUUCUUUUCCAUUGUCACAGGAGGUGAAGGAAAAUCAGGUGUGGUGGAUUUAGAGAGAUCUCUCCAGGAGGAGGACCUGUUAGCUUCAUCUAGCCAUCAGAGGAAGCCACGGCCAACACCUGGCUAUCCAGCCCGUGAUGACGAAGGUGGUGAUCUUCUUGUAGAAGAGCCCAAAACAAGUGAUGUAAAGGACUCAGAAACAGACCCAGAACUUGUCAAUACAGGAGAAGGAAAGGACGUACAGGAAUCCAGGGGAGGCCUGGCACAUCCUGAGUCAGAGGAUGCCAAAUCAGAAACGGCGAGUGCUUAUCGUCCUCAGAAUAGCAAGCUCAACCCUUUGCCAGCUGCUGCAAAGGGCAAAGACUUUACACUGAAAGCUGUCUUUGAAAAAAAAGAAAAUGGCCUAAAGGAACCAGUUAUCCAUAUCUCCAAGGAAACAGUCCAUGAAGACAAGACCAGAGAGAUGAAGGGAGACGGCUUGGAGAGUGAAUUAGUACACAGAGCUGCCAGGAGUUCAGAGGUGGAAAAUAACAAGCACCAACCCUUGGGUGUUGCACCACUCGUGGGGAAUAAUAAGCCUGAUGCAUCCAAAGACAGUACAGAGGUCCCAGACACUUCUGUCAGUGGAUCAAAAGCAGGCCAACAGGAGGGAUUUCGAGAACCAGGUCUUAAAACUCAGAAUCAACCUAGAUUCUCCCCUCCAGAGGAAACUGGUCUCUCAAGAGAACUGGGGGGGAAAGUUCCUAUUUCGGGAAGAAAUCUUUCUCGGCAGCAAGAGCGAGACGUAGCUGCUGUAGUCAGUAAGCAUGCAGAUGAGAAGACAGGAUUUCCAGAGGAGGAGGGCAGGGAAGACCUAACAGAUGCAGAGCCACCCAAGGUCACACAAAGGACGCAGGAGGCUGAGAGCCCGGAAGUUCUGAGUGUCCAACCUGUUAAGCCAGAAGUGGAGGAGGAGGAGGAGGAGGAGGAGGAGGAGGAGGAGGACCACGAUCCCCAUGAGGUACUGCUGGAGGAUGAAAAUGCUGUGAGUGCACAGCAGUCUAGAGAAAAUCACCCCAGCACUCACGGCAGAAGGCCAGAUAUGAAUUCUCAAGUUUUUGAAAAAGUAAUUUUGGGGACCCUUAAUCUUAACACUGAAAAAAACAAACACCCAGCUAAUGUGAUUUUGGAUACGGGAAAAAAGAGUGAAACCACAUCUGAAGAGGCAGGUGAUAUGGGCAAGGAGUCAGGUAGUGUGGUGGUGGACAGAGAAGAAAGCCAUGUGGCAGAUGUGAGAGCCCAGGGGCCCUCUCAGGUCCACAGCCUUCCAGACAAGAAAGCAGCUCAGACUCCAGGCUCCAAGGAAGCUGUUCUGAGGGAAAAUCCUAGUGAUUUACAAAAAGACAACCCGGAGGGGCCACGCAAUACCUUGGGACUUGAAGACCCUGGGGGAGAAGAAAUCUCAGGAGGGGAACUGGAAGAUACCAAGAAGCUUGGAGACUCAGAAAGUCAGGGGCCUGAUGCUGAAGACCUUGGGGAUGACCCGUCCCAGCGAGCUACACCCGAAAUUCCUGACAUAGUGCUCAAGAGUAUAAGGGAAGACAUGCCUAUCAUAAACAGUUUCUUCAAGGACGACCAACAGUCCCUGUAUCGUUUCCUGAAGUACUUCGAUGUUCGUGAGCUGGAGGGCUUGCUCCAAGACAUGUCAAUAAAGCUGAGAUCAGCACAUCGGGACAGCCUGCCUUACAACGUGGAGAAAGUCCUAGAUAAAGUCUUCCGUGCCUCCGAGUCACUAAUUCUGAGUGUGGCGGAGAAAAUGCUUGAUACACCAGUGUCCAAAAUUAGGGACCUGGACGCAAAAGAGAACAGUCCGUUGGAAGAAGCUGAGGUGUUGGAUGACAUACAAGACCUGAUCUAUUUUGUCAGGUAUCAAUACUCUGGAGUGGAGACUGCCCCAUUAGCCACACCUCCACCUCCGGAGGAAGGCUGGGCUGGACCAGGAGAAGAGAUGCAGCCAGCCCAGCAAGACAGAUUACCACAAGAAAACACAGGAGACAUCAGUGUGCAGGUUUCGGAGGACCGUAAUCUCUUAGAUCAACCAGUGACCAGCGUGCAGCUUCCAGAGGAGCCCGAUCUCUUGGAUCAACCUGUGACCAGCGUGCAGCUGCCAGAGGACACCGAUGUCUUGAAUCAACCCAUGACUGAGUACCCAAGUGCCUCCGAGAUAUCACAGAAGCCAAGUACCGAGAAAGAAAUAGAUCUAGGUUUUGUACCCGAAGGUGGUCCUGUCGGGGCUGAUGAUAUAGAAAAGCAACAAGAGAGAACUGCAGAGCGGCCAGCAGAUGCCCCGCCUCUGGAAAGUACAUCUGGUUCCCUGUACUCCUUCAUCCUCUACUUAAGUAAGAUGCUAGUUGCCACGCUGCCUGACAGUGUUCAGCCCGGGCCUGACUUCUAUGGACUACCGUGGCAGCCUGUGGUCGUCACUGCAGUUCUGGGAGUUGUUUCCUUUGCGAUUUUCUCCUGGAGAACUAUUCUUGUUGUAAAGAGUAGAAUAUAUCAAGUUACUGAGAAACAAAUUUCUGAAAAGUUGGAGAACAUCAAGAAAGAAAAUGCAGAACUUAUGCAAAAAUUGUCAAGUUAUGAGCAAAAGAUCAAGGAGUCAAAGAAAUAUGUUCAAGAAACCAAGAAACAAAAUCUGAUUCUCUCUGAUGAAGCUAUUAAGUACAAGGAUAAAAUCAAGGUACUUGAAGAAACUAAUGUAAGUUUGGGUGACAAAGCCAAAAGCCUUCGUCUUCAGUUAGAGUCUGAGAGAGAGCAGAACGUCAAGAACCAGGACUUGAUACUGGAAAACAAGAAGUCCAUUGAGAAGUUGAAGGAUGUCAUUUCGAUGAAUGCGUCAGAACUUUCAGAGGUUCAAGUUGCCCUUAAUGAAGCCAAGCUCAGUGAAGAGAAUGUAAAGUCUGAAUGCCAUCGGGUUCAAGAAGAAAAUGCCAGGCUUAAGAAGAAGAAAGAGCAGUUGCAGCAGCAGAUUGAAGAGUGGAGCAGAUCACAUGCUGAGCUCACUGAACAGAUCAGGUCGUUUGAGACGUCCCAGAAAGACUUGGAAGUGGCUCUUACUCACAAGGACGACAACAUCAGUGCUCUGACUAAUUGCAUCACACAGUUGAAUCGGUUAGAAUGUGAACUUGAAUCUGAGGAUGCAGAUAAAGGAGGAAAUGAGUCAGAUGAGCUGGCCAAUGGAGAAAUGGGAGGUGACCGGAGCAAGAAGAUAAAAGACAGAAUAAAGCAGAUGAUGGACGUCUCUCGGACACAAACUGCAGUCUCGAUAGUUGAAGAGGAUCUAAAACUUUUACAACUUAAGCUAAGAGCAUCGAUGUCCACUAAAUGUAACCUGGAAGACCAAAUCAAGAAAUUGGAAGAUGACCGCAGCUCGCUGCAGACUGCUAAAGCUGGGUUGGAAGACGAGUGCAAAACUCUGAGGCAGAAAGUGGAGAUCCUGAAUGAGCUCUACCAGCAGAAGGAGAUGGCACUGCAGAAGAAACUGAGUCAAGAAGAGUAUGAACGGCAAGACAGAGAGCAGAAACUAACGGCAGCCGAUGAAAAGGUGGUUCUGGCUGCAGAGGAAGUGAAAACUUACAAGCGGCGAAUUGAAGAAAUGGAAGAAGAAUUACAGAAAACAGAGCGCUCAUUCAAAAACCAGAUUGCUGCCCAUGAGAAGAAAGCUCAUGAUAACUGGCUUAAAGCUCGCGCUGCAGAGAGAGCCAUGGCAGAGGAGAAGAGAGAAGCUGCUAACUUACGGCACAAAUUACUGGAAAUGACUCAAAAGAUGGCGAUGAGACAAGAUGAACCUGUGAUCGUAAAACCAAUGCCAGGAAGACCAAACACACAGAACCCUCCUCGGCGAGGGUCACUGGACAGGCAUUUACCUCGUCCUCGAUGGCCAUCAGAGGCCUCUGGGAAACACUCUGCUUCUGACCCAGGUCCACCUCCUGUGGUGAAUAGCAGCUCCAGGAGCUCUUCUCCCGCUAAGGCCAUGGAUGAGGGCAAGGUUAACAUGGCUCCCAAAGGGCCGCCUCCAUUUCCAGGGGUGCCUCUCAUGGGAGGCCCAGUGCCACCACCUAUACGAUAUGGACCACCUCCUCAGCUAUGUGGGCCUUUUGGGCCUCGCCCACUUCCUCCACCAUUUGUUCCAGGCAUGCGUCCACCACUAGGUGUAAGAGAAUAUGCACCAGGUGUUCUGCCUGGGAAACGGGACCUGCCUGUUGACCCUCGGGAAUUUGUACCAGGACAUACACCAUUUAGACCUCCAGGUUCACUUGGUCCAAGAGAGUUCUUUAUUCCUGGUACCCGAUUACCACCUCCGUCCCACGGUCCUCAGGAUUAUCCACCACCACCACCUGCUUUAAGAGACUCACUGCCUUCAGGCCCAAGAGAGGAAGCCCAACCUGCCUCUCCAAGCAGUGUCCAGGACCGCUCACAGGCUUCAAAACCCACCCCCUAACUUUGACCUGUUGCUGAGUCAGAGAGGAAGUGGACAUUACUCAUUACAGCAAAGGGUUUCAUUGGCAUCAAAACCUAAAAGUUUGUUUUACAAAGAUUGUUUUUAGUACUAAGCUGCCUUGGCAGUUUGCAUUUUUGAGCCAAACAAAAAUAUAUUAUUUUCCCUUCUAAGUAAAGAUCACCUCUUAAGCUAGAACAUCCUCCCAACUUUGAAAUGUGCAAUAAAGAAUACCUGUGUUUAGUUCAUGUAGCAUAUGUAAUGAUUGCUAAAUGAUUUAGAAAUAUCAUAAAGUAUGAACAUUUCCUGUGGAAAUGCUUUAAGAACACGUAUUUCCAUGGCCUUGGUUUAGUGUAUGCCAGCUGAUUCAGAGCAAGGUGUUUACAGCUCCACGUGUGUCUCAAAGACUGUUACGCUACAAGACGUUUACUCAAGGAUCACAAACUGUCCCCUGUUGCUAAAGUUCUUUGUAGUAAUAGUUCAUAAACUUGGUUUAUUAAUA